AUGUCGUUUCCUUUGCGCUCUAAAAAAACACGCACAAAGAAGUGGGAAGUCAUUGAACUUCCUGCAAUUGAUGUACUUGAAUUGCUUUCCGAGGAGGAAUUGGCCGACGUGUCACUCCCGGCAGGAUUUUGCAUCCGUUUUUUUCGGCAUGAUAUGCAUUAUUUAUACACAGUAGCCUUAAACUAUGUCAAGCUAACUCGUGGUGUACUAGACUACCUUCAGGAUUACAAUCAGCUGGGCCCUAACAAGAGCAGAAAUAAGCUUUUUGUAUGCAUUCAGUAUGACCGAAAUAAGGAAUGUCCAAAUGGGUCUCUUUGCCGUGAAGUGCAUUGUGUCAUCCCCCUUGAAAGGGUAGAGGAUGCUUCGUUGUACAAUGUACCAAGUAACGCAACCGGUGCCCCAAGCGUUGUCAAGGUCGUCUCGGGAAAGGAAAUCUUUGAGAAAAAGCUCAACAAGGCACUCACCAACACACAGGCGAGCGACGGUGCGAGCGGGGUUCCAGGACCAGUGACGGCCCCGGAUGAACCGGAAACCACCCCCCUAGACACUUUGGCGGCUUCAGGUAGUCUAGUAGAGGCAAAUGGGUACUCGGAUAGCGUUAUUUACUUACCUUCGGACACUAUCCUACAACACUCCUUGCACUCUCGUUGGACCUCCAAGAAGAUGUAUAGGACGUUUAGCAGUGGUGUACUUUUCAAGGUAGCCUUGCCAAACACUCCAACCCCUGUUGAUACAUACGACAGCGGUGAGCUGUUCAUUACCAAGGGCGCGCUGGAAUACUAUGAGCAAUGUAUUCACAAGGAGACAACAUCCGUAACCAUGCAGCACUGCGCACAUUACUCUAAAAACGGUAUCUGCUGCUUUGGCGAGGACUGCCAGUUUGUACAUGUGCUGCACUACAACCCGCGUGAGCGAGUCGAAAACGGCGACAACUCGAAUUCGGACGCCGACGCGGGCUCGACGGUUUCUAGUGAAAGGAAGUCAAGGGCGAAGAAGUUUGCUAACCCGAAGGUCGCACCUUUGACUGUGAAUCAAAUCAAGUGCUUUCAAAAUACGGACACAUUGUCGUCUUCACAUCCAUCCAGCUCUACUCAGAGUACUUCCAGCCUUUCAAAGGGAUCCCGAGUGGCCCCACCGGUGGCUUCUCAGCCUGUCAAUAACCUUGUUUUCGUUCCACCGUCGAUGAUGUGGGUCCCACUUGAGACCACUUCGACCUCGUUGUUUUCGAAUCAACAAACGCCCUUGAUGGUUCAGCCCCCGAUGCUAUCCACCCCCACCCCACAAGUCUCGAACAACAUGUAUAUGAUGACACCCAGCCCUAACGGGGAGACUUAUAUUAUGCCACCAAACCAGUCCAUGGCCUCGGUACCGCCCCAACAGGUGGGAACGGGUAGGAGUCCAAUUCAGACGUCACAGCAACAACAACAAAUGUACAUGGUCCCCAUGCGCUAUUCAUAUUAG